AGGUAAUUCAAUAGAAAUAUUCUGUUAUCGCAAAAGCCAGAUGACUAGUACGUGAUCAUCUUGAAGUAAACUCACUAAAUAUAACAUCAAGCUAACAAUCAGAAAAGCCAUUCACCUUUUGCUUCAACUGGCGUCAGUAUAACAGAGGGAUUAUAAGAAUCAGGAUGCAAAAGCUUGGAAUUGUUCUUCUUCUUCUUGUGGUCUGCAUUCCCACCGUUUGGUUGGGAAAGCUGGUAAAAGGUGACCAACUGAAGCGGGUUCCUCGGAGCGUUGCGCAUAACAUGCAGAAACCUUCCAAAGAAAAAGGCUGGAUAGGAGAGUUUGGAGUWGAUGUGGAUUACAGCAAAAUGAGUAAUGAAGAUGUGUCAGARAUGAUGAUGACGAAAAUGCGUAUGAAGAUGAAACGAAUGCUGCAGCCACUCAGAGACCUAUUUAUUAAGGUACUUGACCUAGGACCCAAACAAACCAUUCCAGGAAGACCAGCAUUCUGUGGUAAUCGCGAGUGUCCACAACACACAGUUUUGAAAAAACACGAACAUUAUGAACUGAGGUCAUACCCGGCAGCACGUUGGRUCAGCACCAACAUGCAAGGUAACUGAAUACUAUACUAAUAUCGAUGUCAAUGCGUAUGCUAUCCGGUCAGUCGAGGUCUAAAGGAACACGCCAUAACCAGCCAUGCACUGACACAGCUGAGUUGAUUAGCAAACGAGACAUGUUAUUAAUUAACAUUUUAGAGUUAAGAAGGGGGGAGGGGGGAGGGGGGUAUUUACAUCUUCUUUCCUAAAUCCAAUUCAUGUCCGACAGAAUUCCAGUAUUUAAGCAAAGUAGUCUAUUGGUUCAUAGUUAUACACAAAAUUAAUGAACUAAUUUAGUUGAGCUCAUGUGCUUACAAUAGAAACGAGCUUCAACAUAAUCAAAACUGAAAAA